AUGAUACUACCAGCUGCAGUGAGUUAUGAAGGUAGCACCUGGUGCAGAACGAUCUGGCUACAGCUUUUCUUCAGCCUGUUGGUAUUCAGUUUGUUUUGUGACACUACCAAGAAAGUGCCUUUCAGUGUCCCUCCUAAGCUAGAGGCUGGUGUGUUUGUUGGCAGAGUAAACAUGAAACGGUGUCUUAAAUGCUUAGGAUUUAUUGGUUCAAACAAUCUCAAUUUCACAAUUCUAGAAGAUGGUUCAUUAUAUACAAAAAAUGGUGCAUCCUUGUCUUCUAAUGAAAAUACCAUCACCAUAUUCCUUAAAAGCAUUCAUGAAAAUGAACAAAAGAAGAUACAUGAUAGUUUGCUAAGACAUCCGAAAAAGACCCCAACUGAAGCCAGAUAUAUACCAGAGACCAUUUUAAGACGAAGUAAACGAAGAUGGGUUCCGGUCCCAACUACUAUUAUGGAAAACUCACUGGGACCUUUCCCAAUGCAAAUCCAACAGUUGUCUUCUGACACAGCCCUGAAGUAUGACAUUAAGUAUUCCAUAAGUGGUCCUGGUGUUGACAAACCACCAUUAAAUUACUUUUACAUUGAGAAAGAAACUGGAAGUAUCUUUGUUACUCGCCCAAUAGAUCGGGAAGUGUACCCAGAAUUUCAGAUAAUUUGCUAUGCAAUGACACCAUAUGGAUAUACACCAGAGACCCCUCUUGUUCAUACAAUCAAAAUUGAGGAUGAUAAUGAUAAUGCCCCAGUCUUUGACCAUGAUGUAUAUACUUUUCACCUUCUUGAAAACAGUAGAAUUGGAACACUAGCUGGACAAGUGACUGCAUCAGACAGGGAUGAACCAUCUACCUUGCAUUCCAGAGUAAAAUACAAAAUUGUGUCCCAGAAUCGUCAACCUUAUCACAGCUCCAGUGUAUUUGCUAUACAUCCAGAUUCAGGUUCUAUUACUGUGGCAUCACUGGACCUGGACAGAGAGACAACAUCAAUAUAUACAUUAGAAAUAGAAGCAAGAGAUAUGGAAGGUCAGGAAUUUGGUUUGUGUGGCAGAGCAGAAUUGAUAAUUGAAAUAGGAGAUGUAAAUGACAAUUUCCCACAAUUCGUACAAACUAUGUAUGAAGUGCAAAUGUUUGAAAACACAGAAAACAUAGAAGUAUUGCACAUUCCUGUCAGAGAUGAUGAUGAAGCUGGAACACCUUCAUGGUUGGCUACAUUCACCAUUAUAAAAGGAAAUGAAGAUAAGAUUUUUUCUAUUACCAUUGAUCGAGAGACUAAUGUUGGGCUUUUAGCUGCUUUAAAGGGACUGGACUAUGAAAUAACUAAGGAGAGAAGGUUAGAAAUUACUGUAGAUAAUGAAGCACCUUAUGCGCUAACAUCAAGCUCAAGAGGCCGUUCAACAAAUACUGCCACAGUUGUGGUUAGAAUUAGGGAUCAAGAUGAAGGGCCAGUAUUUGAAACUUGUGAAUAUAUUCUACAUGUUAAAGAAUGUUUGCCAAGUGGAACAGUGGUUGGUAACUAUCUAGCAAGGGACCCAGAAACUGGAAACAGUGAAGGCAUAAGUUACAGAAUAUUAAAUGAUCAAUGCAAUUGGAUAGCCAUUGAUCACACAGGACAGCUGAGAACCACUAAUAUUUUAGACAGAGAGGCACCAAAUAUGGAACACAGUGAAUGCAAUAUAACAGUCUGUGCAACAGACCCAAGUGGUAAAACAGGUACUGGGAAAAUUGUGAUAAAACUGAUAGAUGAGAACGACAAUUACCCAGUGAUUAUCACAAAAAAUUAUAUCAUGUGUAAGGACAAAAAACCAAUUUGUAUCACGGCUUUUGAUGCUGAUCUGCCUCCCUACACCAUGCCUUUCCAUUUUGAUAUAAAGAAGCCAGAAGGCUUAACAUGGAGGAUAACAUCACGUGAUGAUGAAUCAGCAUUACUUUCACUGGAGGAGGAUAUAAACUAUGGCUUUUAUAGAAUUCUUCUUAGAAUAUAUGAUAAUGGAGGUAACAGUGGAAUAAGUGAAGUAACAGUUCACUAUUGCAACUGUGUAAUUUCAAGUGAGUGUUCUGAACGCAGCACAGACAUCCCUUUGGAUUUCCCUGUAGAUCGUCGUCCAUCUGAAGAGGCAUCUAAUGCCUCUUUUAGCCCAUGGGCCAUCCUUGCAUCAGUACUAGGAUCAAUAUUACUGCUAUCAGGCCUGAUUACACCCUUUGGUAUUUGGAUCCAUAGAAAAGUUCCCACAACUCCUGUGGUGCUUGAUGAUAUUGCUUUUCAGAAUUUAAUUAUAUCAAACACUGAGGCACCGGGUGAGGAAUUGACAGAUCUGAAAAUACUUCCUGUAAACACAAUGAAUGCAACUGUGAGUAUGAGUACAGUUGCAGAAAAAAGUGGAAGGCAAGGAAGUUUGGAAGUGAUAAAAGGAGGCGGAUACUGCACACCAGAAGUAGUGAAGGGAGGAGGAAGUCACAGGACACAUUCUUUAUGGGAUUUGGAACGGCCCCUGCACAAUUCAUACAGAGACUUGAGUUUAGAAUGGCAGAACUUCACCAAUCCUCACCUAGCUGAAAAGGUGUUUCUGUGUGGACAGGAUGAAGAACAUAAACAUGAUGCAGAAUAUGUACAUCAAUAUCACUAUGAAGGAAAAGGUUCACCUGUUGGUUCUCUAAGCUCAUGCACUGGCCAGUCAGAAGAAGAAGAACUUGAUUUUUUAAAUCAGCCGGAGACUCCAUUUAAGACAUUAGUAGAAGCCUUUGUAAAUAAAUAAUUAUGUUUACCAUGGUCCUGAAAAUCAUGGCACCAUCCACCAGAAAGUUCUGCUGUGAAAGCUCCAUCGAAGCUUUCUGGACAUAUCUGUGUAAUUCUCAAUUCCAAAUGGCCUUGUGCAGAAAAUUU